AUGGCUAGAACUGAAUGGCAAAAUGGAAAAAUCGAAACUUUGAAGAGGCAUCUUCCUUUUUCUGGACAAGAAGGACUUCAAGAACUCGAGAAAAUAGCAGUAAGGUUUGAGGAGGAAAUCUUCACUGCAGCCACAAGCCAAUCUGAUUACUUGAGAGAAAUAUCAUUGAAGAUGCUGACAAUGGAGACAAAAUCUCAAAAUACUAUGAGCAAUUCUCUGCCAUCCAAUUCUGCAAAUAACGGCAAAAAUCCCCUGAUACUGAUUACCUGUUCCAGAUAUCUGGGUCCGGGAUAUUAA